AUGGAGUUGGUUUCUUUUCUGGUUACCUUAUUACUUGUUUUGAGUCUUUUUUCUGUGUCUACAACUACUUUUGCUGUGGUUCAUAAUGAUACAAUUAGACCAUUAGAUAUUCUCAGACAUAAUUACAGCAAUAAUUCUUUCUUGGUAUCCAAAGAAGGAAGGUUUGUACUGAAAUUCUUUACUUUAAGAAAUAAGGGAUUCCAAGGCUAUCUGGGAAUUUUGUGCAACGACAUUGAUUAUGUAGUUUGUGUUGCAAAUCCAUGUGGUUUCUUCAACCAUCUUUAUCUUGGAAUUUGGUAUAACAACAUAACAAGCUAUUCAGAUGUAGUUUGGGUUGCAAACCGAUGUGAAGCAAUCAUUGUAACAUCUGGUUUGUUGAGUAUAGACAACAGAGGAAAUCUUGUGCUUUUUUCAGAAGAAAAUAAUAGUAAGAGAGAAAUUGUUUGGUCUACAAACUCGUCCAAACAAGCCGCGAAACCAUUGGUUCAGCUUUUGGAUAAUGGUAACUUGGUUUUGAGAGAUGAGAAAGAUGAUAACACAACAAACUACUUAUGGGAAAGCUUUUAUUAUCCUACUGAUUCAUUGUUACCAGGAAUGAAAUUGGGAUGGGACUUGAGGAGAGGUCUCAAUAGGCGAUUAUCGUCGUGGAAGAGCUCUGAUGAUCCUUGUCAUGGAAAUUUCACUUAUGGGAUUGAGUUUGAUGAAGAACUCCAUACAUAUCCCCAACUAAUAGCUCGUAAUGGAACUGCAAUAUUUUAUCGUCAAGGGAUGUGGGAUAGCAUAAGUUCAAGCCAAAAUUCUGGCUAUGAAUUUGUUUACAAUGAUGAUGAAGUUUUUUACAUACAAAAUAAUAAGUCAAUGAUCUCAAGAAUUGUCAUGAGAGAUGAUGGAAGAAUUGAACACCAGGAUUGGAGAGAAAACUUUUACAGCUUAAUCUGCCCAGGAGACCAAUGUGAUUCCUAUGGAUUUUGUGGAGCUAAUUCACAAUGUAAUGUCACAACUGUAACACAGGAUUAUGGAAUAUGUUAUUGCUUAAAAGGGUUUAAGCAAAAGAAUCAAGAACAAUGGUCAGAAGGGUGUGAAAGAUUAUACAGUCCCGCGAGUUGCCAUGAUGAAGAGAAAGAAGAAUUUCGGGAAUAUUUAGGUAUGAGAGUGCCUGAUACUAAAAAUAGUUUGGUGAGUAAGAGUAACAAUGCAAGUGAAUGUGAGAGUAAAUGCUUGACCAAUUGCUCUUGUAUGGCUUAUAGCUUUACAUACUCUGAGUCCAAUGUCUUUGUAGCAGACACUGUUUGUGUCCUCUGGUUUGGAGAUCUGUUUGAUAUUAGACAACUUCCUUCUGGUGGUGGUGGAGGACACACACAUUUGAAAAUAGAAUCAAGAACUGAUCCUAAACGAGAGGAGAAGGUGAAAGUGAAGAGCCUAGUUAUGAUUAUAGGUAUCAUCAUUGGAUUAGGUGGUGGGAUUCUUUUGAUUGCCUUUUGCAUUUGCAGGAAGACACACAUUUUUGAGAGAAACGAAAACAAAGAUGAUGAAUUGGAGCUUCCAUUUUUCCAUCUACAUACAAUUAGUCUUGCCACUGAUAAUUUUUCAGAGGCUAAUAAGCUUGGAGAGGGUGGUUUUGGACCUGUAUACAAAGGUACAUUGGAAGGAGGUCAAGAAAUUGCUGUGAAAAGCCUAUCAAUGUGUUCUGGACAAGGAGCCAGUGAGUUCAAAAAUGAAAUUAAACUGAUUGCUAAGCUUCAACAUCGGAAUCUUGUCAAGAUAUUUGGUUAUUAUUAAGAGUUAGUCCCACAUUACUAAUGUGUGGAAAUAAAUUGUGAUAUAUAAGAUGAAUGGGCUACUCCUCCCAUUGCCAAUUGGUUUUGGGAUGGAAUCUCAUUCAUCUUAUCCUCAAAUUCUAACAUGGUAUCAGAGCCACUUGCGAUCUGUUGUGAGCCCAAAUUGCCACCGGUCCAAAAAGCCGUUUGUGAUCCGUUGUGAGCCAAAGUGCUGCCGGUCCAAACAGAUACUUCCGCUGUCUCCCCUAUAACCUCCAUUUGUGACCUUUCGGCCAAUGUGUGCCAAUUUCCAGUGUUGGGGUCUUUGACCUGUUUCAAAAUUCACAAAUUUCCCGACGUGUACACCCACAAAUUUCCUGAUAUUUGGCCUUGUGGGAUUCUUUCAAAUGUCACGUUCGGUCCUGUGGUCUCUUAAAGGUCGUUCGUUAUACCCACACUUUCCAGGCCCAAACGUGAGGAGGGUGUAUUAAGAGUUAGUCCCACAUUGCUAAUGUGUGGAAAUAAAUUGUGAUAUAUAAGAUGAAUGGGCUACUCCUCCCAUUGCCAAUUGGUUUUGGGAUGGAACCUCAUUCAUCUUAUCCUCAAAUUCUAACAGAUAUUACAUUCAUAAAGAAAAGAAAC